ACAGGGCGAGACUGUCUCCAAAAAUAUAUACAUAUCUAUAGUGGGGGAGGGGUGCGGAGGAUGGAGGCGGCAGUGUCCGCUGCAACGGUUGGGCUGCGCGUGAGAAGCCGGCGGUGCAGGCACCUGCGCUCGGGGAAGGCUGGCGGCGCGGCCGGGCCAUGGCGGGACACCCCCUCCUCCGGGCUCCCUGAAGUCCCGGGAGCCGCGACCCAUGGGAUCGUCGAGCAGCCGGGUGCUGCGCCAGCCGAGGCGAGCCCUUGCCCAGCAGGAGCAGGGUGCCAGGGCGGCGCGCUCGGCCGGGAGGCCGGACCCUGGAGACCCUGCGGCGGGCUACGGCUUCUGUUACUGCCCGGGCAGUCACAAGAGCAGCGGGGCCUUCCGCUACUGUCGCCCUGACUCGGAGAGAGACGAGGAUGAGGAGGAGAGGGACGAGCAGCAGCCGCUCCUCCACAUCCCUGCAAGGAAAAAAUUAAGGAGUACAUCCAAAUAUAUUUAUCAAACAUUAUUUUUGAAUGGUGAAAACAGUGACAUUAAGAUUUGUGCUCUAGGAGAAGAAUGGCGAUUACACAAAAUAUAUUUAUGUCAAUCUGGCUACUUUUCUAGUAUGUUCAGUGGUUCUUGGAAAGAAUCCAGCAUGAAUAUUAUUGAACUGGAGAUUCCUGACCAGAACAUUGAUGUAGAAGCGCUGCAGGUUGCGUUUGGUUCACUGUAUCGAGAUGACGUGCUGAUAAAGCCCAGUCGAGUUGUUGCCAUUUUGGCAGCUGCUUGUAUGCUGCAGUUGGAUGGUUUAAUACAGCAGUGUGGUGAGACGAUGAAGGAGACAAUUACUGUGAAAACUGUAUGUGGCUAUUACACAUCAGUAGGGACCUAUGGAUUAGAUUCCGUAAAGAAAAAGUGCCUUGAAUGGCUUCUAAACAAUUUGAUGACUCACCAGAAUGUUAAACUUUUUAAAGAACUCAGUAUAAAUGUCAUGAAACAGCUCAUUGGUUCAUCUAACUUAUUUGUGAUGCAAGUGGAGAUGGAUGUAUACACCGCUCUAAAAAAGUGGAUGUUUCUUCAACUUGUGCCUUCUUGGAAUGGAUCUUUAAAACAGCUUUUGACAGAAACAGAUGUCUGGUUUUCCAAACAGAGAAAAGAUUUUGAAGGUAUGGCCUUUCUUGAAACUGAACAAGGAAAACCAUUUGUGUCAGUAUUCAGACAUUUAAGGUUACAAUAUAUUAUCAGUGACCUGGCUUCUGCAAGAAUUAUUGAACAAGAUGCUAUAGUACCUUCAGAAUGGCUGUCUUCGGUGUAUAAACAGCAGUGGUUUGCUAUGCUGCGGGCCGAACAAGACAGUGAGGUAGGCCCUCAAGAAAUCGAUAAAGAAGAACUAGAGGGAAAUAGCAUGAGGUGUGGUAGAAAGCUUGCCAAAGACGGUGAAUACUGCUGGUGUUGGACGGGUUUUAACUUUGGCUUUGACCUACUUGUAACUUACACCAAUCGAUGCGUCAUUUUCAAACGCAAUACACUCAAUCAGCCAUGUAGCAGGUCUGUCAGUUUACAGCCUCAAAGGAGCAUAGCAUUUAGAUUACGUUUGGCUUCUUUUGAUAGUAGUGGAAAACUAAUAUGUAAUAGAACAACUGGCUAUCAAAUACUUAUACUUAAAAAGGAUCAGGAACAAGUGGUGAUGAAUUUGGACAGCAGGUUUCUGACCUUCCCUUUAUAUAUCUGCUGUAACUUCUUGUAUAUAUCGCCAGAGAAAAGAAUUGAAAAUAAUCAUCACCCAGAAAAUCCAGAAAACUGAAGAUCUCAUCAGUUGGAAACAGUAGCACUUUGAAAACUUUUUAGGCCAGCUUUAAUUUAAUGGCUCUACUGAUAUUCACAUCUAAGGUGACUAACGAUGGUAAAGGCCUUAUGAACUGUACAGACAAUACAGAAGAUUAUUCUUAUCCUCAUUGCAUUUCUCUGCAUAUAUGAACAAAACAUUUUAAAGCCAAGAAAAUAUCUGUCAAACCAUUUCUGUUAGUACAAUGUCAACUCAUGCUUUUAAUUUAGCAACAGCAGAAAAUUACUGUAGGUAAAUCUCACAUUUAUCUGCAACAAAAUAUAGAUUUAAUUUUUAGCUUAAA